GGUUUUGGGCUGAUUACGUCAUCCGCUCCGUGUUGUUGCAGAGUCACUGCGACGGUCUGCCUGUAAACAAGACGCGAACGGAGAAAAGUCCCGCUUGUGUUCGGAACCUCUGUACUGUUGUUGGAUCGGUGAUUCACCGCUGCCGUAAGUUCGGGAGCGGUUCGGUAAAACGUGUCUCGGUCGGUAUAUUUUGUGUUUUGUUCGCGUCACAGCCACAGCUCGUGUUUUCAAGGAGACAGGCGAGCACAGUUAGCUGUUGCUGUUAGCCUUUCUGGAAACAUCCUCGUCCUCCGGGCUUCCUUUCCCCCUUUCUCCUCGCUGCGACCUGGAUCAGCUGAACCCUGGGGGGGUGGUCAGAGCAGCCUCCUCCCACCAUGGAGGCAGCAGGUAAAGACUGCGAGGACGAGACGCUGCAGACUGCGUUUAAGAAGCUGAGAGUCGAUGCUGGGAGUUUACCAGGAGCUGUGAGUGUCCCUGAGGCGUUAACUCCCAGAGCAGCGUCCCGAGUUUGUCUGGACGGCAGCGGAGCCAAAGCUAAACUCGGCUGCACCAAGGACAACUGGCACUGCUGUGUCAGGAAAACUUCCAGAGGAACAUCGUCUAGAAGCCAGAGACGUCGGAGGUCCAAGUCCCCCAUCCUUCACCCCCCAAAAUUCACCUACUGCAGUAGCAUGUCCUCGGCUCUGUCGGCCCCCGCUGGCUGCCUGAAGCAUCAGCGCCUGUACCUGUCCAAGCCUGCAGAACCUCAUCCUGCAGCAGAUGAAUCAUCUGCCUCCUCUGUGGUCCCACCAGCACAGACGGAGCUGCGCUCCUCAGCCACACCCAGCUGCGGCUCCCCCCUCGUGUUUGGAGUUGGUCCCAGUUAUGAAGCACCAGGUGGGGGUGUGGCAUCUUUAUCCUCUUUACCAGAGGUCACUACAGCAGCGACGUGUCCCAGGUGGGACAGAGAAAGCUCUGGAGAAGUCCAGUCAGGUGAGGAGGGCGGUUCCUGUGAUGGAGCCGAAUCUGCAGCUGCAGCACCUCUGAGGUCCAAAGCUGCUGACUUCAGAUCUUUAUCCGAGCUCCACAGUCGCAGCUCCUCGGAGUGUCCCCACAGGCCCUGCUCCUGCAGCCUGAGCGCUCCCUCAGAUUCCCAGGAGGAAACGGGAGAGGAGGUCGGAAUGCAGUUCAGCUGCAGGUCGCAUCAUCGUGGCUGGAAUGGGGUGGAGGUUUACUCCUUCACUGGGCUCCGCAACGUGAUCUCCGAGUGUGAGGGGGCACUGUCGAGCCACGAGAUAGCUCCCAGAACUCUGAGCAGUCAAGCUGCUGCAGCGUCAUCGUCAAGCUCGCCGCGGUCGUGCUCCGAGCAGGCGAGAGCCUUCGUGGACGACAUCACGAUAGAGGACCUUUCUGGUUACAUGGAGUAUUAUCUCUACAUCCCUAAGAAGAUGUCACACAUGGCUGAGAUGAUGUACACCUAAAUAAAAGCAAUCAUAUCAGAGAACAAGGAUAGUUUCUGUGGAACGAGUCGAGCGUGAAGGUUAAAGUGGCUCCUCUGCUCUUGAGUUGAAGCAAAGCGCAUUCAUGUCAAACGCUUCUCCACGUUUGUUUAGGUCUGAUCUCUGUGCUGAAUCAGUUGGUUUGUUUUGAAAUGUUAAGUUUACAGAUGAAGUUGCCAAAGCUGUUGGUGUGUGAGGAGCAGCCUCGUGAUUCUAACGUGACCCUGUGUGUGAUGUCGUGACCCCAAAGGUCACCUGUCUGGAUUUCACUCAAUAAACAAGAAAAAUGCUUUUGGGGA